CUAGAAGUGACAACUGAAGUGGAGGAACAGAAUAUGAUGGGCACGCUCUUUCCAACAUCCAGGCCGCGGAUUUAUGAUCAAGUUGGACAGAAAUUAGUGGAAAGGCAGCAACCGAUCGGUGCUGGGGCUUUUGGCCAAGUUUACAAAGUAAAGGACGUGGCAACUUCAAACGAAUAUGCGUUAAAAACUGUGGUUUGUAGCGAACUAUCGGAAAUCAGGGAAUCCGAUGUAAUAAGAGAAAUUCAAAUAUUACGUAAAAUUUCCGAUCCGAACAUUAUCCAAAUCAUUGAGGCAGGUUGCUACAAAGACACUCGCAUGCCCGGGGCUCUCACGGAAAUGUUAAUUUUAACCGAAUACUGCCCAGGCGGAAACUUGAACGACCGCCUCAAUCAAGCAAGCACCGAAGAAGUCGAAUGCAAGUGGAUUCUUCAGAUGGCAGCAGCUCUUAGCUUCCUCCACGCAAGCGGUGUUGUUCACCGCGACUUAAAGCCAGAAAAUGUGCUACUGACCGCGAGUGAUGAUAUAAAGGUAGGCGAUUUUGGGUUAGCCCGAGAGUUUAUCUCACUUAAACAGCCCAUUGCAUCGAGCAUUUAUGGCUGGGUGACCACCUACGGCCAACACUACAUGAAGACAUUUGCUGGUAGUCUUUAUUGGAUGGCUCCCGAAGUUUUUCGUGGCCACUACAACGAGAAAGCGGAUGUAUUUUCUCUUGGAAUUCUCAUUUUCGCUAUAUUGGAAAGAGAUUUCAUUGAGUCAAGCGAGAAAAAGUAUUAUGGUGCGUUUGUUCCUUUAGGAUUCAAACCUGUUGGCCUUGGGGAAGCAAUGUAUCAUUGCGGUCCAGCAAUAACAGCCCAAUUCUCAUUCAAAGCAAGAGGAUCCCCCUUUGUAAGGAUGAUAGCUCUGGAUGCCCUGAAGUACCAAGCAGAAGAUCGCCCAAGCGCUGCAGAGAUUUUAAAUCGAAUCACUAGCCUGUGUAACCAACCCCCAACAUUGUGUCCCCAAGUCCCCGGCCUAUCCCCAACAUUCUGUCCCCAGGUCCCCGGCCCAUCCCCAACAUUGUGUCCCCAAGUCCCCGGCCUAUCCCCGGUAUUGUGUCCCCAAGUCCCCGGCCUAUCCCCGGCAUUCUGUCCCCAAGUCCCCGGCCCAUCCCCAACAUUGUGUCCCCAAGUCCCCGGCCCAUUCCCAACAUUGUGUGCCCAAGUCCCCGGCCCACCCCCAACAUUGUGUGCCCAAGUCCCCGGCCCACCCCCAACAUUGUGUGCCCAAGUCCCCGGCCCACCCCCAACAUUGUGUGCCCAAGUCCCCGGCCCACCCCCAACAUUGUGUGCCCAAGUCCCCGGCCCACCCCCAACAUUGUGUCCCCAAAUCCCACCCAACCCCGUUUGUCUCUUGGCCUAUUGAUUGUAGACUUUUUGCUUCUUGUUUUAGCUAAUGUAAAAAAUUUCUAGCUCGCGCUUUGCCCUCGAGAAAAAUUUUGAGCUCGACUUGUGGGCAAGUCUAUAUUGAUUAGUGCUAAAGAAACAUUGUCAUAGCUAGCACUGAAUCUCUUUUUCUAAACUUCAAAAUACUUUACAUUCAUAAGAAUCUUUGAAAAGAGAUUGCCUCUGGCAUCAGCUCCAUCAAACAUAUUUGGCAUUUUAUCCCUCUGUCUCUGGAUUUUACUUGCCCGGUAAAGUUCAUUAGUAAAGUCACAGUUUGAUUAUUUUAGGGUAGUGAGCGCUAGCUGCUGUUCUAAGAGUAAUUCCUCACAAGCUCAAAAACUGACUACACCCGCAAAAGCGUUGUUCGUGUCGCGUCACUCUUAGUGAAAAACCUCUAGUUCAAAAGAAAUUCUAGUUGUCUUAGCCCCUUUUGUUUUGGGCUAAUUAGGGUUCCGUUAUAAUUAUUAACUUUGUUUGUGUUUUUAUUAAUUUUGUUUGUUUCAACGAGCGCUGGGAGGCCUUAGUAAGCGCUGCGAAGUGUGAACGCGCAUUUAAAGCAUCGGGUUUUUUUUCCCUUAUUAUUAUGAUAGUAUUUAUUGUGAUAAUCGGGAGCACAGGCGAAAGCAAAGAAAAGGAAAAAAUUUUGAUCCUUGCUAUUUCACUUUUGUUGAUACUUCGAUCUUGGCCGUUUUCACUGUAAACCAAGGUCUUCAUCCCUGCGCUAGUGUUUUGUUUGUUUGCCUCACUUGUGACAAAUAUUAAUUGAUAAUUAAUAAUGUCCAUUUUGAAAAAGGCUGCAUAAGUAAGUGGACAAAAUUCAAUUCCCAAUUUGCCCAUCUCCCAUAAUACACCUUGUUUGCCCCCCAUGUUUUGCAUAGACAUUUGUUUUCAAUUUCUCUUGGGACGGCUGUAAUACCCGGGAGAAAUGAAAAACAAAGAUUAAGCAAAAUUUGGUGGGGGUGGGGUGGGGAGGGGGGCGCAAACAAGGUGCUUUACGGGAGACGUGAAAAUGGCGAAUGGUUAGGAAAGUUAGUAAUUGACGAUGUCACCCGGAACAGUAAUUUUCCAAAAACGUUGUAAUUGUUAAAAUAAGAGUUCCAUGAUAAUUAAGAUGACUACAAAAUCUGAAGGGGGCAACGUUUCCAUAUUCACCUAUUAAAUUAACCGUAGAAAAAGUCAGCCAUUUGGUACUUGUCUGCAUUACUGUGUAAUUUGUAAAUAUUUUGCAGUUAAUAAGUGGAAUAAAUGUUCGUUUAUUUGCCUUAUUUGAGGCCAGGGCGUAUAUUUGGGAAAUUCCCGCCUGAAUGUAUUGUAAAUUACACUCUACGUACAGGUCAAAGAUAAAUCUUUACUAGUGACUAUUCACUAGAACAAAAUUCAGCAAAGGAAAAGAAGACACGGAAUUAAUAAAUGCGAACUGAAAUCUAUGCCAAAAAAAGAAACUUUUAAGUUACCUUAAAAGGUACAGCAAACCAAAAAUGAAAACAAGCAAAAAUACAGAAAAACUACACUAACAAGAUAUCUUUACGGAAAAAGUCCGGAUAUAACCACUAACUAACAUAGAAGAAAAAGAAAACUUUAAAUGAUACAACUGAACUACAACCAGUUGAAAAAAAUGUUGAGACACUCGACCAGAAAAAUGCUCUUUUUUAAUUACUAAACAUCGCUUAAAAUUACACAUCUCAGCGGUUAAAUAACUCCCCCCUCCCUCCCCUAUUUUCAAUGUUGUUCCUCGAAAACUUCAGCAUGAUUUCCUAUUGUAACCAACUUUGAGAAGGGAGAGGAAGGGGUCUGAAAGGCGCGGACCUUAUAAGUACCCUUGACGUCCAAAUUAGGUACAAUUUCUCAAGUCUUUUUGCAACUGGUUGUAGCAACAAGAGGCCUAAUGGAGUGACGGGAAAUUGAAACAACGAUUCCGUAACAAAGUUCUUGGCACGGCGUUACGUACGGAGUGCAGAAAGAUACGAACAAUAAAAAACCUACAAAAAAAAAACUACACCGAAUAUAAAUGCGAUAACAAAAUUAUUUAAGUUAAACAAACUACACAAAACAUCAAAAACACGAAAUUAAUAAUAUCAAAAUUCACUAUAUCAUCGUGGCUCCAAAAAUAAACCACACCGUGCCGAAACUGUACGAGACACGCCCACAAACAAACAGGGGAUAUUUACAUUCCAUAUUGGGUGCGGCCAGCUUGGAUAUUUCCAAAGGGGUUAAUCCAUGGUUUUUAAUCGUUGAACGUCGAAAACGGGCAAGAUUUUGAAAUUAAGUACAGCCAUCGAGGAUAUCUGAAAAUAUUCACAAAGAGGUUAAUCUAUGACAGAAACAUUUACUUCUGCCUUCUACCUAUGGGGAAAACAUUUAAUUUUUUCUUUUUUGUGUGUGUGUAUUACCAAAAUAGAUUUAAAAAUGACAUGUGGUAGUUUGUAUAGGGCAAUAAAUCCCUUAUACGGAUCUCCCGGUCAUGUUUCAUCUUAUGCCGAGUGGAAUUUCGAUAUGUAACCAACCUAUAUAUAACGAGGUCCUCGGUAUAAACGAACAAUAUUCAGGGGCACCCAACGACAAUUUUCGGAAAAUAUCUGUUCGGAAGACGAUUUGAUAUCUAGAAUUUUCGGAACAUUUUUUGUAAAAUUUCUUGCUUGCCUGCCUCUCCUAGGAUUUUCGAACAUCUAAAAAAUGGUAUAAUUGCCUAUUUUUACGGAUUUUUACCCUAAAAAGGUCACCUAGAAUUUUCGGGAGCCUUUUUUCUGGCUGGAAUUUUCGAACAGGUAAGUUUUGAUCCCUAUAAUUUUCGGAUCACUAGACUUUCAGCUAGGAAAUCCGAACAGAUGAAAAAUUUUUAGGGGAUAAAAAUAUGCCUAUAUCUACAGUUUAAAUACUAAAAUACGUUUAACAAUGCUAUGUUUAAGUGGUUUUAAGCUAUAUUCUCGUUGGGUGCCCCUGAAUAUUGUCCGCCUCAGUAAUAGUGAAAUAUAUGAAAAAUAACCUCGAUAUAACGAAAUCUCGUUAUAACGAGCAUAUUUUGCAAGUCCCUUGGCCUUUCGUUAUAUCGAGGCUCUACUGUGCCUAAAAUUGAUUUGAAUGUUAUAAAGUGGAAUCCGGAGAACAGCUGGACUCCUGCUGGACAACUGUAUCAGUCUUCUCUGUACAUGUGAGCUCGAGUGAGAUCGUUACCAACCCCUUAACAAAGAAUAUGUGGGUAUGAUUUUGGCCCUGCUUAAGUGAAAAUCCAUAAAUAACAAUGACCUAUACCAGCUUUUAUGCUCCCGUGAGACUGAUCAUGAACCCUUGUUUUCACUAAAACCGCUGGACGCCAGCCUGUUUGAGGUCAUUGUUAUCUCAGUUAUCUAAGGUCCCGGGGGGGCACUUGGGUAUUUUUUGGGUAGGUAUGUGCCGCCCGGGACUCCAAAUUGGCACCCCGUUCUAAAAAAAAAUUCCCCUAAAAUUGAUACCCCGUUCAAGAAAUGGGCCAAUUUUUUAUACCCCGUUCUAGAAUUCGCCCUAAAACUGAUACCCCGUUCUAGAAAUGGGCCAAUUUUUAAUACUCCGUUCAAGGGUGCAAUAAGAGUACAAAAGUUUGCUUGUUAAUGCAUUGAACGAUAUUUUUAAAAGCAAUCUGUCCUUGAAUAAUUUCAAAUGGCUGCUUACAAAAUUGGAGCUUUCGUGCGUUUGAAAUAUUAUACCCCGUUCUAGAAAACGCCUCUGAAAUGGAUAUCCCGUUCUAAAUCAGGAGCUUCAAAAUCACGACCCCGUUGGGCGGCACAUACCCGUAUAGGUAAUGUAUGGGAGUACCCCCCCCCGGGUCUAAGGUCUUCCUACUUAGGUAGCCAAAUAAGACCCGGAGGAAUAACUAAUUCAUUCAUAAAAAAAGGCCACAUAUUCGUGGGUUUAACAAAUCUCAUAAAAAACUUAUGCUAUAAGGUGCUUAGUCUGUUCCUACAUGAAUCAUCGGAGCAUUCAUCGUCUCCUUCUGUUAGCAGACUUCAUUACGUAAUUGGCCCGAGGGCACUAAAUUCAUUCCGAUAUAAAUAAUUACACUACGGGAGUUAAAUUUGCAUUGAGUCAAUAUCAGUGUCUUGGACCGUACGUUUGAGGCAAACUACAGAAUUACGUCACUUGUUUAGGACUUCGGUAAAGGCUAUUCACAAGUAAGGAUGGAGUUCUUAGCACUAGUAUAUAAACCAUAGACGACCGAUCAACACUUGGUUUACAUAGAAACGCAGUGAAGUGUUAAGUGGGCUUUUUAUUACUUUUAGGUAGGCCUCAAUCGCAUCUCGUUUACCAGCCGAUCGAACAUUUCAAUUCGUGCUAG